UCAGCAUUGGGAAUCACAGAGGCAGGACGUCGAAUGGCGGGGGGGCAUGUGGGAGAGGAGGGAGGAGGUUUGAUGGCAUCAGCAUCAGGAGUAGGAGUAGGAGUAGGAGUAGGAGGGUCAGGUUUGUCGAGGAAGCAUCCAUACAAGAGGACUGUGAUCUUGCUGCUUGUAUUCAUUGACCUGAUCGGAAUUGGUCUUGUCAUGCCGCUGCUCGCACCGUUGAUCAAGGAUCUAGGGGCUUCACCGAUGCAGCUUGGGCUCGUACAGUCGAUGUAUGGUGCGCUGCAACUCAUAAGUAGUCCUCUAAUGGGCCUUGUCAGUGAUCGAAGGGGAAGGCGCAUUGUGCUGGUGUUGUCAUACCUGGGCACUGCGUUUGGGUACCUCCUCUUAGGGUACAGCAGCUCUCUGCAGCUGGUGCUUAUUGCCCGUCUUGUGACAGGACUGCUCAAACAUUCGAUCAAUGCUUCAAAAUCGUAUAUUGCCGAUCAUACAGGGCGUCAUGACCGGGCCGUUGAUCUCGGAAGAUUAGCCACUGCUUCAGGGCUAGGUGUGAUGGUGGGUCCGGCGUUGGGAGGGCUGCUAUUUCAGGUAGGGGGAUAUCCACUCCCAGGAUGCUUGGCAUGCAGCCUCUUCCUCCUCAACACAGCAAUAGUGACGAUGAUGCUGCCCGCCAACGAGCGCGUGGAGCUGUCAGGCAAUGAAAAGGCGGAGUGGAAAAGGAAAGCGGGAAGGCGUAUGCACGCCCUCAUUCCGCAGUUGGUUGUUAUUGAGCGACCCCGUGUGCUGCCGCUGUUUCUGGUGCGGCUUAUCAUGGGCUUAGGGGUGAUAACGUUCAGACACGGGUUUUCCAUUCUCCUCCUUUACAAAUUCAAUCUCAGCGUGAAGUACAACGGAUACCUCAUCUCUUUCCAGGGUCUCAUGUCCUCGCUGGUUCAAGGCUUUGCCAUCAAACCGCUAGUCAACCGCUUUCAGGAUGAGCAGCUGAUACUGACGGCGCAGCUGCUGCUUGGAAUGGCAUUCAUGUUGUGCUCCAUCAGCUUUAAUGUGGUCAGCAGGUCUUCACCGGCAAAGCCUCGUGGACUUGUCCCUCUGCGUCUGAACGCAGCGAAUUCAAGUUCGAAGAAGGAAGACGGCAAGGCUUCACCGUCCCCAGGACCGUCACCGUCGCCGGCACUGCCUCCUCUGUCACGGCUUCCGAUUGGAGAAACGGACAAGCCGACUCGCCAGCGCUGGGAUCCUUCAGAGAUGAAUCUUCCUGGAUCGGGAUCGGGAUCGGGACCUGGAUACGGAUCUGAACCUGGUCCCACUUCCUGGGAGGUCGGCUUGAGGCCUUCCGACGAAAAGUACGGGGAAGAUGAACCGUUGAUUGCAUCUCAUAGAGAAGGAGCCGCAGCAGCAGCAGCAGCACCACCACCACUCCGCCGCGUUGGUGCCUUGGGCGGAGGGAGCAGGGCAACGAAACCGGCAGAGAAUGGAUUAUGGAUGGCCGGCGAGAGCUGGACAUGAUUGAUUUUUGCUUUUUUCUAACUGCUUUUUUUUCUUUUGUUUUUCCUUUUUGGGUAAUUACAACCGCCCCCACUACCUCUGAGUCUCUUUUUCCCUCCCGGGGCAGGCUUGUGCCGUGUCUGCCGAGUCGAAAAUGAACCAGUGAGGCGCUC